AGAGAGAGAGAGAGAGAGAGAGAGAGAGAGAGAGAGAGAGGGGGAGAUUGAGAGAGAUCGAGAUGCAGAGAGAGAGAGAAGAAGAUGAUGAAGCCAAAGAGGAGUUCCGGCCAUGGGUUGUAGUGAGUUCAAUAGUUAUCUCCCCUGUGAAGUAAGGGCAGGUGAAAAACAAGGUCAACGCUUGUAAUGAACGCAUCCUAAAAACAAGGUCAACGCUUGUAAGCCACGACUUGAAAAUCAAGACACCAGCUUUUAGAACAUAUGCUGGGAAUUCAGUGAUUCCUGAAUUGUACGUUUAAUAUGAUAUCCAAAGGCCACGCUUUGAUCAAGCUCCGCUUCUUACUCUUUGCACCGCAUCAUGGCAAAUUGGCUGCAAAAACUUCUCCAUUCUUCAGCACCGCCACCUAUUUGACGAUAUGUCCAACCCAAGUGGAAAGAGAAGGAAAAGAAAUUAUAGACAAUCCAAAGGACUCUAUUGAAGUUUUGAGAAAUUGGGGCUGUAGUGACAGUGAUAUAUCCAAGAUGUUUGUCCGCCGGCCUUCUUUGCGCAAGGCUGACGUUGCCCACCUUCAAUCCAAACUUAACAUUCUAAGUGGCUUGGGCAUUGAAGCUCCUGACCUUGUGAAGAUCAUCAAUUGUCGGCCCCGGUUUUUGAGUUGUCGAAUCAACCAUAACUUUGACGAGCGGCUAAAGUUUUUCAUGACAUUGUUUGAGUCGAGAGAAGUGCUCACUAAAGCAAUUGUUAGGAACCCUUCACUCUUGACAUAUGACUUUCAUAAUAAGGUCAAGCCUGUUAUUGCGCUGUAUGAAGAGAUGGGCGUGAGUGGAAGGGACUUGAUUCCUAUGCUCCUGUCCCGGCCCACGAUGAUACCUCGGACUUCAUUUGAUGACGAGAAGAUGGAAUAUAUACGCAAAACCGGGAUUUCCAAGGGUUCCAAGAUGUAUAAAUAUGUUGUUACACUCAUUGGCAUCUCGCGCCAUGAAACAAUCUGUCGGAAGGUGGCAAAUCUUGAGAAGUUUGGGUUCUCAGAAGAGGAAAUAUUCAGUCUGUUUGGAAGGUCUCCCCUUAUGAUGACACUAUCGGUUGAUAGGGUACAGAGGAACAUGACUUUCGUUUUGGGCACGAUGAAGCUUUCUCCUAGUGUGGUCCUUCGGUACCCAUUUCUAUUGUACUCAAAUCUGGAGGCUGUGAUGAAGCCACGAGUACUUCUUGCAGGGAAGAUACAGGACAUGGGUCUUAAUUUCCAGAUCAAGGGACCCACGAUGCUGAGGGCACUGAGGAUGACAGAGAAGAGGUUUUUGAAGGCGUUUGUUGAGCUUCACCCGAAGGAUGUUGCCGAUGAGUUGAUGGAGUUCUAUAGAAAUGCAAAAGGCGUCAAGCGAUUGGCAGAAGCCUCAAAGAAAAGCGUUACUAACGGAUUCCCUUUCUGAAGUUUUGCCCGCCAAUAUCACUCUCUUCCAUGAUUUGAGCGCUUUUAGCACACGGCGGCCUUCUCGAUUUUUUACCAUUCUAUUUUUGGGAUUUAAAUUAUUUGUUCUAAUCCACAUCGCUAUUCAUAAUAUAUUCUUCUGCCACCUUUGCAGGAUUA